AGUUGGUGGAAAUGAUGCCCCUGUCUAGUAAGAAAGAGACAAAAUACCGCUACUUCAUCUUGAUGGAGGACCUGUCCUUUCAGGACCGGGUCUUUCCCGCUGGCAACAUUGCCAUCAUUGCUGAGGCUGACUUCCUGCAGAGCGAGGCUCAGGGGCCAAACCGCAGAAUGAAGUUCCACCUGGUGGAGGCGGAAGUGUACCUUGUCCUGGAGCUGGCCAGCCUGCGUGAGCUGAGUGAGCAGGAGGCAGGAUUUCUGCAAGCUGUCAGUCCCUCUGCCCAGCGCUUAGACCUCUACCUGGAAGAGGCAACUCUUGCAAACGCACAGCAGCUCCAAAUCUGGGAUCCUGUUGUCGUUGACUACAAAUCCCAGUCACUGCCUGGAGUCAUCGCUUACAUCGGAAGCAUAUGCAACAGCCCGAAGCUUUCCGGAACGUUCUUUGGAAUAAAGUUGCAGGUGGAAGUGGAAGAAGAUGGGAAAAAUGACAGAACGUUUAACGGGAAGCAGUAUUUCCAAUGCGAGAGAGGUCACGGCAUCUUUGUGCCGUUCCACAAGGUCAGGCGGUGCUGGAGCAUCGAAGAAGCGGGGAAGUGCAUCAGCGUGGGAGAUGGGAAGAUGGAAGAUCCACUGAGGGAUCACCCAGUUGGCACUGGUGACCGAGUGGCUGUCUACCUGGAGGAGGGGAUGGAAAGGGGGUUGGUGAUCGAUGUCAUCAAUGAAGACUCAACUGUGAUGGUCAACUUUAAGCCGGACCAGGCGAGGGGAGAGGAACUGAAGAUGUGUGUGAAGGUGCCACUGUCUUCCGUCAUAAGAGAAGAUUUGCUCCAACCUGCUGGCAGUAUGUACCCCAGUGCCCCCAGAGAUGGUGAGCUCGUGGUGGAUGGGGGCCUGAAACGAGAUCCCCUGGAAAGCGGAGGGAGAAGGCCAGAGCACUACCUGGGAGUUAACUCUGUCGUUCAAAUCAACAUGGGCAAAGGGCAGCUGAUUACUGGAGUGAUCCAGUGGAUGGGUUACCUCCCUGGGAUGGCGGGUGAAAUUGCUGGUGUUGAGCUGGAUGAAGACUAUGGGCUGUCAGAUGGGACCUGGCAGGGACACCAGUAUUUCCAUUGCGCUGCCAAAAGAGGGAUCUUUGUCCGAGUGGAAUCCUGCCAGCCUGACAUCAGGUUCCAGUCUCUCCUCAUCAACCCAGAGAACUCUCAAGACCCGCAGCGUAGCGGGAACCGGGAGAGCCACGUGGUCCCUGUCGUUAUCCCUCCCCCGAGGAACGGAGAGGCAGUCCGCGUCUUGGAGGGCCGGAUGCGCGGGAUUCAGGGACACUGCAAUUCCUGCUACAUGGAUACCGCCCUCUUCAGCCUCUUCUCCUGCACCUUGGUGCUGGAUUCUAUGCUUCACAAGGCCACCAACCCCCAGCGCAGACACAUCCAGCGGAUACUUCGCGAGGAGAUCGUCAAUCCACUUCGCAGAGACGGGUUUGUCGACUGUAAAAAGGUAAUGAACCUGAGGAAGGAGCUGACAGCAGGAGGUUCCUGUGCGGGAUUUACCAGUGAGGAGAAAGACCCGGAGGAGUUCCUCAAUGUGAUCAUGCAGCAUGUUCUCGGCCUGGAGCCAUUACUCAAACUCAGGUCGGCAGGCCAUAAGGAUCAGGAGUGUUACUGCCAUCAGAUCUUCAUUGACCAGGAUGAUGACCUGACUGUUCCCACAGUGCAACAACUGGUAGAACAUUCCUUCCACAGUAACCAGCUCAAAUUGGCUGAGGUUCCAUCGUGUCUCAUCGUGCAGAUGCCUCGCUUUGGGAAGAAUUACAAAAUGUUUGAGAAAAUCAUCCCUUCUCUGGAGCUGGACAUCACAGACCUGCUGUGGGACAGUCCCAGGGAAUGCUGUCUGUGUGGAGAGCUGGCCACUCAGGAAUGUGAGGAGUGCUUCAAAGACAAACUGUUCUCGAAAACAGGACUCAAGCAAUUCUGUGACAUUUGCUGGCACCAGGUUCACUCCCACUCCUCUAGGUGCAGCCACCGCUCCAUGAAGCUCAAAUGCCCCGAUGAGUUUGUUCGCUUCGGGAAGAGUCAGGUCCCACGGGAGAAGAUGCAGCUCUUUGCUGUGCUCUGUAUCGAGACCAGCCACUACGUCUCGUUCAUCAAAUAUGGACCGGAAGACCACCACUGGAUGUUCUUUGACAGCAUGUCCGACAGACACGGUGAGAGAACGGCACAAGUAGGCCAUUCAGCCCAUCGAGUCUGCUGCGCCAUUCAAUGAGAUCAAGUUAUACUCUUAUUGAGCAAAACGAUUGAUCUCCGGUUUAAUCUCGUUCCUUCAGCCACCAGAUGGUUGGAUGGCGAUGGCUCCACUAUCUUGACCCAUCCUUUAAAGGCUGGGCCCCUCCGUUCCCUCUGGUUUAAGGUGAUGAGAGAUUUGGGAGAAGGUAGAGGGGGAGCCCCUGUUCCCAUCGGCCAACCAGGCAUCAGCAAUUUAAGGUUCUGGACAGGAGCUAAGGG